UCCGUUUCAAGCCACUGUCUCAAGUGAAUGUGUUAUUGCAUUGUUUAUUAACUCUUAUAUUACAUUUAUUGCCUAGUGUCUUACAUAACAGUGUUGGACAUAAACUGUUUUCAGAGAUAUGCGAGGAUGUAUGAAACGUUUCUGAGACAAGGUCACACUAGUCUUCAACUCCAGGAAUACUCACUUCUUUAGAAGAUGUAACGAGAUGCCACCAUUCAACAUGAAAACGAACACAGAUCUGGCAAAAGCAAUAUACCGGGAGAAGAUCUCGGAACAGGACCGACGGGUGAGGGAGAUGGCAUUGGAGUGUCACGCCGCCAUUACCAACACCUCAGCGCCCGUCUCCUUGGAAGAUUGCCCGACUAUAUGGGAUGGAAUCAUGUGCUGGCCAUCCACCCCUUCUGGGGUCCUGAGGUCGCUACCCUGUCCUGGAUACAUUUUAGGAUUCAGCAACCCGCAGAACUUCGCGUCCAAGCAGUGCACAACGGAGGGGGAAUGGUUCGUCAGGCCUACCACCAACACAACGUGGACCAACUACUCCCAGUGUUACAGUGCCAGGACUACCAACGUCAUAGUCGAAUUCCCCGACAUAGAUAAUGCUUCCCUCAUCGCUCAAUACGUUCCUUUAGCCAAAGCUGUGUCUCAUGUCGGCUAUGGAGUGUCACUUGCCACAUUAAUCGUCGCUUUUUGUAUAUUUGCAACAUUCAAAAGACUUCGGUGUCCACGCAACAAGCUCCACAUGCACCUCUUCGUUUCCUUCAUGCUGAGAGCGUUUCUAACCUUACUCAAGGAUUCGCUCUUCGUCAGAGGCAUCGGCCUACCUUCGGACUUCACGGAGAAGGAUGGCGACAGUUACUACGUCCACGGCAAUCAGUUCAGCUGGCAGUGUAAGCUGAUAGUGAGUCUUUGGCAAUACUUCAUCAUGGCCAACUACUCCUGGAUCCUAAUGGAAGGGCUUUAUCUCCAUAACCUCAUUUUCUUCUCCGUCUUCUCCGACACAUCAUCUAUAGCACUGUACGUUGUCCUUGGCUGGGGUCUACCCCUCUUUUUCGUGGUGCCAUGGGUGUUUGUUAGAGCCUUGCUUGAGGAUACACUCUGCUGGACCACCAAUGAGAAUUCCUACUACUUUCAGCUGAUCAAAGGCCCCACCACUGCCUCCAUACUGGUGAACCUAAUCCUCUUCAUCAACAUAGUGAGGGUGCUUAUGUCCAAACUGCAAGCUUCUAUCUGCGAGGAGACCAGGAGAUUCAGGUACAGGAGGUGGGCUAAAUCAACGCUGGUGCUGGUGCCGCUGUUUGGUGUCCACUAUGUCGUGUUCCUCACCAUUUCCUACCUGGGCAUCAAAGGCAAGGUGGAGCUUAUUUGGCUCUUCAUUGACCAGCUGUUCGCCUCCUUCCAGGGUUUCUUUGUGGCAAUCCUCUACUGUCUGCUGAACGGAGAGGUACGCACUGAAUUGGCCAAGAAGUGGCGACGUCUCUCUUGGGGUUCGAGGGCUGCCGACCACCGCGCCUCCCUCCCUCUCAACUCCCUCCAGCCGCCUGCCAAGCGAUCCUAUUUGGGCACGGUCUUCAGCCGACGUCGUCGCCGCUUCCGCUCCCACGAGAACGGCUACAAGAGAGGAAGUACAGCCUGCACUGAGACCUGUAUGAGUACUCUGGUGUCCAGUGUGACCACAGAUCUCAGCACUACAACUACAUUCGUCUGUCAGCCUGCUAUGCCUCUGAUCCCUGAUAACGCUGAUUCUGGAGGAACGUCCAGCGCGGAGAACCAGCUCUUGACGUGAACCUAACGUCCUCUACUGUCAGCAUUGUAACACUAUGGCCCAUACCGUGCAACGUCACCCAUUCAGAGCAGAGGCGACUCACUGUACGUGCAGUCUACCCCGUCACGUCACCGUCACGUCAAGUUCACGGUCACGUUACAUGUGUACUUAAGUGACGGAGUGUAUCCGGAGAGAUGUAGAGCCAUGAGCUCAACCGACCGACCUGGACUUUCUGAGUGUAUAAAUUGUGUGUACUUCAAGGAAAGACAUGUAGUCCUUGCACAUCCUAUUAUUCGUAGAUAAUUUUCGUUUAAUGGACGUACAAUAUCACAUUCCACUUUUUUUGACUAAAGUGAAUAAAAAGUGUAUGAGAUCCUAUGGACACACAGAAUGUAAAACGUAUAUAUGAAAAUAAAAGUAUAAAAAGUUACGUGGUUAAAGA